UAAGAAAGUAAAUAAUGUGCUUGCAGUGACACUCGUCCCCCUUUUUUAGGGAAUUAUGAAUGAAUGACAAACCACAGACGUGCCAUUCACAGGGAAGGUUAGAUUCGCCUGCAGUCAUACGAUUAGAUAAAGCAAUAACAAGCCAAAGAAAAUACACAAACGGGAUUUACUCUUAAAAUAAUUUGCCCCAGUUGUUACAUCCACACGACACUGUUUGUAUGUCUGUGUUACUAUCCUAAAAUGUAUUCAUUUAAACCGUAUAAAUUUGGGAUCAAGCCAUUUUAUAAACGCCUGGACAAAUAAUAUAAUCAGUGUGUGUAUUAACUAUUCCCAUUUGAGAAUCCUGUCACAUACCAACAAUUUGUAUUUAUAAACGGACCUGCCAUUGGUUCGGCCGUGUUUGUGUGCGCAAAUUACGCAUUCAAUCAGACCGAUGAUAGGGAUAGCUGCUUGUUUUCUCCAAGUGAAGCCCACGGCGGGAUUUAACAAUGGGCCGGCGUUGCUACCUGUAGCCUUAACUUAAGAAAACGGCAGGGCAUUUUAAGAAUGGGAAGAGCAUUCCCCUUUAAACAAGGUGGGCUGAGCUUAUUUGCAGUUCUCGCUCCUAUGGCAACCCAAUAGAUCAGCAUCAUGAAUAUUCACAAUUCACCAAAACGCACCCCGACUAUGGAUCAGUGAUGUCAGCGGUGCCUGGAAUGCUCUACUGUAUUUUUGCGUGAUUGUGUCGCGUUAUUUCGCGGCAGCUGGCAAGGAGUCUGGUGAAAAGAGCAUCCUCCGUCGUGUGUGACCUUUCCCCGGUCUCCUCAUCGCCGUCCGUCGGCACGUCUCUCACAUGUCACGCAAAGGUGACUUUCAAGCAGUUUUUUCCACUUUUGCGCACAAUGUCUGAGCGGCACAAAGAUGCACAUAGGGGACGCAGUGGCCAAGCGGACCGCCCAGGCUGUGCGUGAGGACACAUGCAGACUGUCAGGUAUAGUCUAAUGAUGAAAAAGAGUGUCUCUCCUCAGUUUCAGUGGAGCCACGGCGGUCCAUGUCAUGUGCAGCAGGCUUUCAGGGAUUCAGAUUAGCUCCAGACUGAUCGCUCUCGCAGACAGAUAGGGAGCGCGGUGCUGGUGGCAACAAUCGCAACAUUACAAGCCCAACAGUCUGGAUACAUUUCAUUUUCUCCGCCGCGUCUCAAUGUCAUAAUGGACAGGCUGCACUCCUCCAUGCGUAAAAGGCUCUACAGUUUGCCACAGCACAUUGGACAGAAAGCAUCCAUAAUGGGCGAAGGGGAAGACGCAGACAAGGACACCCGGAGGAAGAGUAUUAGGAUGAAGCCUCUACCGUCACCGUCGCCGACCUCUGGGGGAAGCUGCAAAGGCAUCGGCGAGACCAAAAGUGGGGAGUCUGUGAUCAUGGAGACGGACAUAGGAAGACCGAUGAAGACCAGCUCAAACGGAGAUUGCCGGAGGUUUCGAGGCAGCCUCUCGUCCAUCACAAGUCGGCAUGUGCACGACUCGGACUCGGCGGAGGAGAGGCGCCUCAUCACCGAGGGGGAUGUCACCCCGAGCGAGGAGAGCCCCCCUGGAGCCAUCGGUGACGGGCAGGCGGAUCAAGGUGCGCAGGGGGCCAGCGGCGACAGUGGCGCCCAGAACGACUCUCCAGACCAGCAGUCGGGGUUUAUAAAGUUGGACGGCAUUGAUCAGAUUCUGCCGGACGACGAGAGAUUAUAUCAGGCUGGGUUCAUACACAGGCAGCUGGGAGCAAUGCUUCAGCCGGGGGUCAACAAGUUUUCCCUGAGGAUGUUUGGAAGUGAGAAGGCGGUUGAGAGGGAACAAGAGCGGGUUAAAUCCGCCGGAUUUUGGAUAAUUCACCCCUACAGUGAUUUCAGGUUUUACUGGGAUUUGACCAUGCUGCUGCUGAUGGUUGGCAACCUCAUCAUCAUCCCCGUUGGCAUAACGUUCUUCAAGGACGAGCACACGCCCCCCUGGAUCGUGUUCAACGUGGUCUCCGACACCUUCUUCCUCAUGGACCUGGUCCUCAACUUCAGGACGGGCAUCGUCAAGGAGGACAACACGGAGAUCAUCCUGGACCCGCAGCAGAUCAAGAUCAAAUACUUGCGGAGCUGGUUUGUGGUAGACUUCAUAUCCUCCAUCCCCGUGGACUACAUCUUCCUCAUUGUGGAGACGCGCAUCGACUCGGAUUUCUACAAGACGGCGCGCGCCUUGCGGAUUGUCCGUUUCACCAAGAUCCUCAGCUUGCUGCGACUCCUGCGCCUUUCGAGACUCAUUCGCUACAUCCACCAGUGGGAAGAGAUCUUCCACAUGACCUAUGACCUGGCCAGCGCCAUGGUGCGGAUAGUCAACCUGAUCGGCAUGAUGCUGCUGCUGUGCCACUGGGAUGGCUGCCUGCAGUUCCUGGUGCCCAUGCUGCAGGACUUCCCCGCCGACUGCUGGGUGUCCAAAAAUAAGAUGGUGAAUGACACAUGGGGACAGCAAUACUCCUACGCACUUUUCAAAGCUAUGAGCCACAUGUUGUGUAUCGGGUAUGGCAUGUACCCCCCGGUGGGCAUGACAGACGUGUGGCUGACAAUCCUCAGCAUGAUUGUGGGCGCCACCUGCUACGCCAUGUUCGUGGGCCACGCCACGGCGCUAAUCCAAUCUCUGGACUCAUCUCGACGGCAGUACCAGGAGAAGUACAAACAGGUGGAGCAGUACAUGUCCUUCCACAAGCUGCCGGCAGAUAUGAGGCAGAGAAUUCAUGACUACUACGAGCACCGCUACCAAGGCAAGAUGUUCGACGAGGAGAGCAUCCUGGGAGAACUGAACGAGCCGCUCCGAGAGGAAAUCAUCAACUUCAACUGUCGAAAGCUGGUGGCGUCCAUGCCUCUAUUUGCCAACGCCGACCCGAACUUUGUCACCUCCAUGCUCACCAAGCUGAAGUUCGAGGUGUUCCAGCCCGGGGAUUACAUCAUCAGGGAGGGCACCAUUGGCAAGAAAAUGUACUUCAUACAACAUGGGGUCGUCAGCGUGCUGACCAAAGGCAACAAAGAGACCAAGCUGUCAGACGGCUCCUACUUUGGGGAGAUUUGUUUGCUGACUCGGGGUAGAAGGACGGCCAGCGUCCGAGCCGACACGUACUGCCGCCUCUACUCACUGUCCGUUGACAACUUUAAUGAAGUACUGGAGGAGUAUCCUAUGAUGAGAAGGGCUUUUGAGACUGUUGCCCUGGACAGGCUGGACCGUAUUGGCAAGAAAAACUCCAUCCUGCAGCACAAGGUACAACACGACCUCAGCUCCGGUGUACUCAACUACCAGGAGAAUGAGAUCAUUCAGCAGAUUGUGCAGCACGACAGGGACAUGGCCCACUGUGCCCACCUCAUGCAGAACCCUCCACCCCAGACGCCCCCCUCACCUACACCUGUAAUCUGGGCACCCUUAAUCCAGGCCCCUCUCCAGGCAGCCGCCGCCACCACCUCAGUAGCCAUUGCCCUGACACACCAUCCCCAUCUCCCGCCGACACUCUUCAGACCUCCCGUUUCUGUUCUGGGUUCCCUAAAAGAUCCUCCCAGCCGACUCAAGAAGUUCCACCCAUUUGUUCCUUCAUCCACAGCACCUGGCUCUGCUGGGGACUCUCCCACAGGCACGCCGUCCAAGAUGCGCACUGGGGUGGACAUGUCAUUGCUUGCCUCUUUUCGGGCACAGCACAUGACGUCUGGUUCAGGGGCAACUGGCUCUAGCCAGAAUGCCUCAGCUAGUGGAGGCCAGUGUGGACCUAGUGGUGCUGGGUCUGGGUCUAGUGGAGGAGGAGCCUCGGUCUUCCCCUUUGAGCCAUACUCAUCCUCUGGUUCACCCACAUCUAGUAUGGCCCAGCUUCACCCACAACCUCAGCAUCAACAACCCUUUCGUUCCAGCACCCCACCUCUCUCAAAUCUAUUCCACCAAGGAUCUAUAGGUGGGAGCACGGGGUCAGGACUAAGUGGAGGGGCAGUUGGUGCCUGUGGUGGUGCUACUGGGUGGUCUUCAGGUGGAGCAGUUGGAGGUUCUGCAGAAGGAGCCACUGGAGGAGACACUGCCUGGGCGGGAGAGGACUUUACAACCGGGGUGACGGAAGUGACACCUGGGGGGCACUUUGGGUUGGGGGGAGCUACUGGUGGAUCGGUAGGAGGGAUCUCAGGUGAAACAGUGGGAGGAUUAGCAGAAGGAUAUAUGGGUGCUGCAUGUGUCAGGUUAGGGAGUGGGGCAUCAGGUGGAUCAGUAGUGGGCACUGUCUGUGGCUCAAUACAAGAUACAGCCAGGAGAUCAAUUGGAGGAGCAUCUAGAGGAUCAAUUGGAAGAGUAUCUGUGGGAUCAGUGGGAGGGUCCUCUAGAGAAUCACUGGUGACGACUACUGGAGAAUUAUUAGGGAAAGCCUCUGAUGGAUCAGUGGGGGUCGUUUCUGGUGGGACCUCUGGGGGAACAUUUGGAGGGGUUUGUGGUGAUUCAGCAGUCGGAAAUCCUGGAGGAUCAUUAAGAAGGGCUUCUGGUGGAUCAACAACUAGCCAUAUAGGAGGAGGUUCAAGUGGACCAGGGGGAGGUGUGAUUGGAGGACAUACUGGCAGAUCUACAAUAGUAGGGAGCCAUAUAGCUGGGGCAGCAGCUGGCAGUUGUACGGGGGCUACUGGUGGAAUUACAGCUGGACUUAUCAGUUCUUCCCGUUGUCAGAGUCCUAUAUCAACCGGUUCAUCCAGUCCUCUGCUGAGCCAGCUUCUCCAUAACCAGCCACCCCCCAAGCCUCCUCAGGUGGCUCCUCUACAGCAGUUUGCUGGAGGAGGCAGGACUACCAUCUUCCAGUCCCCUCUACAAGGCUCCCCACCCUCUAGUAGAGGACAGCACAGUCAGCAGCCUGCUGAGGGCUCCCCAUCUUCCCUCAGCCAUUUUGGUCUGGCAGGCCUCCAGUCAGGCUGCUUGCCUCACCAGAUGUCACUGGAGAGAUCUGCCUUGGCUUCCCUGGCCCAGUAUGGUUCAGCAAAUGCCUCUCCCUGCCUUACCCCAGUGGCACCCAGUCCCACUAUUCAAAGUCCUGUGGCAGGAAGAACUUUCCACUACAGCGACCCUUCCAGUGUCGCAGGAUCCCACAGUUCUUUGCUCAUGCCGCUGUCUUCUCUCCCUUCACAACUUCCCAGCCAGCCUCACACAGCAGGGAGAGAUUCUCCCCUGGGACGCUUUUCUGAGGACCUAAAGCUUUUGUCCAGCUCACAUCCGUCUCUACACCAGGAGGUUGCACAGACCCAAACUGCUUGCUCCUUUGUGGAAACUAGAUAUUACCCCUCACCAUUUUCCUCACCUACUCUUGUGCCCAAACCCUGUAGCACAGUGCCAGGGCACAUGACUCCGCCAAUCCAUAUGUCUCCAGGGCACCUUCACAAGACUCAGUCCCCAGGGCCCUCCCCGGCCUUGCCUCCUCGGAGGGGCUCUGCUGCCUACUCGUCAGAUGUAGAACCUCAAACUGUCCGUUCUAAACUCCCUUCCAAUUUGUGAGGAUCGAUCACACCCUCCCGUGCUCCUCUGAAAUGAAAAACACAAACUAUCUCCAUUUGUGGCAUUUUUUCUGUCUUCAGACUUUACUGUGUUCCACCUCUCAUUUUACCAAGAUUUUCAAUUUACUGUGAUUUUAAAGACACUUUACCAGGUAACUCAGAUCUCCAGAUUACUGUAUAUUUGUUUUAUGCUUUGUAUUUAUUUUUAUUUCAAACACACUGUAUAUAGAUAGAGCUAUAUUUAAAUGAUAAGUUAAUCAAGGGAGUGGGAGGGUGUGAAAACGAUCUCUAUUUAAGGUUAAUUUCCUUCAUUUCUUCAACUAUGCCAAAUUCAUCUGGUGAUCUUUUCAGAAUCAAAUUCAAUGGACUACACAAUAAUGCUCUUUUUCUGCAGGAACCUAUGCACUAAUACCUGCAUGUAUAAAGGUUUUUUUGUGUGUUCAAAAAAAAAUGUUGAAAUUUUUAGCUACAAACAACAUACUUAAAGACUGGCUGACCCUUGUACCAUCUCAUUUGGGAUCACAUAUUGUUGAUCUUUAAAUGCAUCUACUAGAUUGUACUUAUUUAUUCUCUGUAUAAACUUUUCAAACCCUUGAGAGAUGGAGCAGAGAUUUUAGGAAACCAAAAAAGACUUUUCCUGUGGGAUAUUAAUUCACCUCCUCUUGGCCCAUUGACCCUUAUUUUAUACCACUUUACGGUAUUAAUACUGUUUUUUGAAGCAGGGGGAGAGGGGUUCAGCGAGCUACCCUCCAUCUCAAUAUAGAGACAUAACAGUAUGUGAGCGACCGCCUUUCUGCAGAGUCCUCAACCAUGUCCUAACAAGCUCACUUUGUCUUCCAAGCUCAUGUCGCUAAUGUGUGUAGAAAGCAUGUGUUGCUUUUCUUCCUGACUGUGUGCAACUGUUAACGUGUGAGUGUUGGUGAGAAUAAGUGUGAAUCAGAGGAAUAGUCAGAUGCAAGGCAAGACUUUUCCUUAGGCUGAUCGCAAGGAGGUUUUCCUUUUUACACAAAAACUAGGACUUCUGGUAACCACAGCUUGUGUGAUACAUUGAGAAGCACUCAGAACAAUCAGAGUUAAAUAUAGUCAGAAAUAUAAUUAGUCAUUUAGGGAAUACAGUACAUUCUGUACGCAAGCUAAAAUAUCCACAAAAAAAGUGCUGCAACCUAAAAUAUGCCACUUAAUUGAUAUUUAAUUUGUGCAUUACUUCUUCUGUAGCUGCUGUAUGGUCACAGUAGACAUUUCUCCUCAUUGAAGGCUAGUGCUGCGUUUGAGUUUGAAUGUAUGUACCUUGCUUAAAAUAAGUACUGUAGCAGUAGUAGAUGCACUGAAGUAUCCCCAGGGGGUUAAGAGACUGUUCCAUAACUGUAAAGGUCAUCGAUUCAAUAUAUUUGACAGACAUUUUCAUCAGCGCCCAUUUCUACUGCCAAAGUGUCCUUUAGCAAGACACAACCACUGCAGGCUAAAUAGUUUGCAAGGCAGUGUGAAUAUGUGACUUUAACCCAUUCUUUAAUGCAUAAUAUUGUCCAUUAAAUAUCGCUGUAUAAUUGAAAUGCCGCCGUAACCGUGAGAGAAAUUGCACAUUGCUCAAGCUGGAGACUUCCCGUACAAUACACGCUAUCCUGCAUUAAUGUAGCAAAUGCUGCUCUGUGAAAGGAAAAAGUACAACCAAUACAAAUUGUUGACUUUUUUUUACAGAUUUGGACAAUCAUAAAAAGUUGAUAUCUAACCGUUUUAUAUUGAACAAAGUAAACUAAGCAUUUCAACACUUUUAUUAGGUGCCACUGCCCUGCUUUUGUAGGUAUAUGGUACAGUCCAUUCUUACAUGAAAAAUUCCUUCCAAUACAAGAUGGCUCCAUUAUUGUUUUUUGCACGUAUUGCCCUUUUCAAAAACUGCAUACCACAUUUCAGUUGACUUGAAAUCUGAGCUUUGACUAGGCCAUUCUCACACCCUCUAAUUUAUCAUUUUAGACGUUCCUGGUUGGGUGACUAACUUUCACAGCCUCUGAAGUAGCGAAGCAACCCCAAAGCAUUCCAUUUACUACACCACUACAGUAGCUAAUCUGGAAAAAAAAGUCGAUCUGCCCGUUCAGAGUUCAUUAUUCCAAAAUGUAUUUGCCAGUAGGUUCACUGAAGAACAGUGCUUUUUCCUUAGCGUUCCUUUUGAACAUAAAAGGCUUUUUGCAGGGAAUUUCUCAUGAAGGUCAGGUUUGUGUAAUCUCUGAAAUAACCUGUCACUCCCUAAAAAGAGUCAUUGGCUGCUGAUUAAAGGUACUUUUUUAUUUUAGCAUUUAUCAAAAUUAUGAAAAUGACUGCGAAAUCUUAUUUCGAUAGCUUUCAUUCAGAAAUCAAAGAUCAGAACAUUCCCUUCAUGUCCACGCUGACAAGAGAAGCCUUGAGGAGAGCCUUGCAGUGGCCAAUGAAACUGUACACAUGUUAGAGGAAGGUAUCACCAAACUCCCAAAGGACAGGAGCAGUGAUAUGCUUCUACAUGUUUUUCUGUGGCUCAUCACCAAGGCAGACCCGGGUUCCACUCAGACAGCUGAGUCCCAAACUCAGUCACAGCACUCAGCCACUGCAGCCUAAUUUAACAAGACAUGUCUGUAAUCCCUUGACCCUCACAAGCUAUCAUACACUCGCACACAGAGGUGCUCGGUGACCACGCUUUCCCCUCAUUACAGCUCCCCGAAGUCCCUAUAAGGUAAAGCAAUACACAUGGCAUGAUGCAAAAGUGCACAAAUGCAUAUUUACAGACCACCACAAGAUCACACAUUGAUGGCUUCGUGCAGAAAUAGAAAGCAUUCAGCAAACCUCUUUUUAAUCCUGAAUUACAGUGUCAAAUACACUGUUGACCAUUAAGUUGGAAUCAUUUUGUUUUCAGACUCAUUCGUCUUUUUUCGUCCUAUUCAUACAAAUCACAUUGUCACAAUCGUUUAAUGAGAAGAGGUAAAAAAAUAUAUAUUUUAGUCCAACUUUGUGGGCAACAGUGUAUAUGACAAAUUACGUUUUCACUUUCCUGCCAGGAUACUUUAUAUAGUCGGUAACAUUUGCGGUCGUGUUUUUAUUUUAAUUGUUUUUCACCCAUCCUAACAGAAAGAAUACAAGUGGAAUUGAUUACACAUGUACAGUGCUACAUUAAAAAUAGCCUCGCAAUAUCGGGUCAGCACUAUCAUUUUUCUAUCGUCUGCCCAAAGGGAAUGUCGAUCUGUGAACCAUGAAAUUGUAUUUUAAACAACACUGUGUUACAUUACAAGGGACAAUGCGUUGUUUGCUGAUCUAUAAUAAUGAUAAUAAUGAUGAUGUGACGACAAGAUCAUCCCCAAACAAUUCUUUCAAAAACAGUGUUAAAUGACAAAAUGCCAGACAACCUCUUCAUGGUCUUUCUCCAGAGAAAACUAAGUCACUAAUGUGCAGGGCAGCCAACGCCCUCUCUGCCGUAAACAGCUACUUUAACGUUACUGCUAGCCUGGCAGCUCAUCUUUAGACCACCACGGAGAGGGACAAGGGGUAGUGGAUGGAUACAGCUCUGCCACAGGAAGUAAACACUUGCAGCGGUUUCACAUCUGGAAUAUUGAUUGUUCGCACACAGAGUGGAAACCUGAAUCGUCCUCAAUUGCUACACAGCAAACAGACCGCUGUGCCUCACACAUCACAAAGCAGUCCCUUUUUUACCUCACAAUAUGACCUUAUUGGGCGUGGAGGUAGGGAACAGUUUGAAGUCUGUCAGACAAAGGUGUAGAUGUGAAGAGACGGUGAUUCACUAAGGGAAUGAUGUGGUUGGACACUCGGCCGUAGGGAAGACACGUAGACAGGCAGGCACCCCGUGGAGUACUCACGCUGACGGGUACUUGAGCCAUGUCGCCCCCGUCCUUAUGAUUGUUCCUGAGUGCUAGUGGAUGUUUUUCAGUGUAUUAUUGAUCGGGCGGAUAGGAAGGGAAAGCUUUGAGCGUUGUUAUUUUUUUUGGGGGGGGGGGGGACUGUGUUACCUGACAGGGUCGAUGUCUGAGGCUGGACGCUGUCAGAGGAGGGUGGGACAGUGAGGCAAAGGUCAGAGCUCAGGGAGAGAAAGGCAUUGGACAGGGAUUGAUUAGUUGGCCUCAACUUAGUGGGGUCCAUUAUCACAGAUAAGUGGCUUAGAAGGGGGUGGGUGGGCGCACAGUAUCAACAAAAUCUGUCACUGUCAGUUAAAGAGCUGACACAAUCCGCCUGGUGUCCUCUAUCUUUCGUCUGGGCCGGCGUCUUAGCAAAAUCUCCUGUCUGGGGACUCUUAUGUAAGAAAAGUACCAAUUUUUGUGAAAUUAAAAAAAGCAAAAAAAAAAGCCGUUUUUGAUAGAUGACCAUGCAGCUUUGAAAUUAUGUAAUGGAAAUGAAAAGGGUUUUUAUAAUCCUUAGGGUCAUGAGACAUUUUCAACUCGUAGAAGCCAUGUAAUCCUUCAUACCGGGUAAAGUCAUGAAAAUAGCCAAAAUUGGAGUAACAAGAUUUUCACCUGACGGAAAUGUUUAUUCUUCAAGGGGGUUUUCUAUUUCCAUCCAGCCAGACUAUUUGCUGCAGACGCAUCUGCAGCAUAGUGUAGUGUGGAGACAGUGUUUUUUUUUUUGUUUUUUUUUUAAGAGGGAAUCAGGUGGGAAUUAGAAAAGGGGGCUUUGAAACUUUGUGUCUUUUGAGACGGCCAGAAAGAAAAGGUAAUGGAAAAUUACGAUGACUCAGACGUUCAGGCUGAGAACGGUUUUCAUUAUGUCUCCCUGUGUCUAAACGUGAGAAGAAAACAACCGCUUGAGACUGUUCCAUUUGUUUUUUUGUUUUUUUGGAAAUCCUUAGCACUAGGGAAGCUCCAGAUUAUUUUAGUUUUAGAAUAAUGUCUAAAGUAUUGCCAUCUUCCUACCUGAUGCUGUACCCGGCCCUGGACUUCCUGUUGUCCCAAGCUAGUUAAAUGUGUCAUGAAGAAGAAGAUGCACCCCAGAUAUUUGCUGGUGGUCUUUCACAUAUCCUUCUCAGUCCCAAUUCAUGAUGGCUGUUUCCAUAACACAGCGUUCUCUGUUUGGUGCGUUUCCAAUUUCAGAGCCUAAUCUUAAUGCCCCCCCCCCACUUUGUACAGCCCCACUCACCUAUGAAUAUAUGGGUUGGUGAAUCAGCGAUGCACACUAAUGAAAUCAUUUGCUGUGAUUGAGGAUUUAGAUGUAGCAGCAGCGGAAUCGAACCUGCAAUUUCUCCGGGGAGCAAAAGACACAUGUGGGGUGUUUUUCUUUUUUUUUUUCUUUUUUCACCGAGGCCCUUGUUACUCAUUCAUGACCUCCGACUGUUCCCUAAAUGCUCAGCUUAUUUUGUGCGCAAGCACCGGAAUCAGGUGUUCGGUCUGUCGGCGUGAUUGCAUAUGAUAUGAGGAUUGCUAUACGUGGUGAAAAGUUGUUUACUGUAGCGUCUAAUGCAGCUGACCUCUUUUGCUGCCGCUCCGGCGAGGUGGAAUAACGUGACAGUAAUGCUGUUUUGACCACAAAGUAGGCUUUUGGGCAAUGCAACCUGAAUAUGACCCAGUUUAGGAAUACCAUGCAACGGUGGGGUGCAUUCAAGUUCCCUUCUAAAGAUCCUUCAGGUUAAUGGCACUUUAUAGCUGUUCAUUUACAAAAUUUCACAAAGUUCUAUCAAAUAACAAACGAUACGUUUAGAAAAAACAUGCACGUUUCUUUGUUGGUUUCGGCCGAUCAGGGUACCCUGUGCUGAAGUGAGACCGUGCGUGUUGAGGAAAACAGAAAGGCCACAUUUACUUUGGAGGGAAGAGGGUUUACAAAAAAAAAAAAAAAUCCCGCCUCUGGAAUCUAUCUUUCAUUUGCUGAAGUACGUACUAUAAAUCCACUUAAUCUGAUGUUGGGAACAUAAUGUCGACAAGGUACUUAGUUAUACAGAUUUAUAUAUUUCCAUAGGACCUAUUUAUAUUUCUGUAUUUACGUUAGGCUCUCUUACUAUAUCAGCACCAUACCAGAUAAUAAUAAGCAAUGUUCACCGAGUUGUGUGUGUGUACAUAACAUGUCCAUGAUUUUUAAUAAAACACGUCAUCUGCAUUGUAUAAUCUCUCGACUUUGGUGCGGCGCCGGGAAGGGACGUUUCCGUUACGCGAUGCUACGGGCGAAGGCUUUCCACCCGAUGGCUCGACCUUUUGGUUUCACGGAGGCAGCGACUGGUUCGACACUUCUUCUUGUGGGGACUCAUAAACUUUUGAGGAGGAUGGCAUUUUGAGCGCUUUGCUAAUGAUCAGUGGAUAUCUAUAUUUUUCUUUUCUUUCUGCAUUUAACGCGGGAUCUGUGGGGGGAAAAAAAGCAAUAAGGGAACUGUACAGGUAUGGUGUGACUUGUUGGGUGCCUACUGGACAAUGCGCCGACCCACCACGCGACGACGACAUCGCACACUGUGGCCGUGGCUUGUAGCACGUGUGGCGGCGAGAUGAGUGAACUGUCGAUAAGCACACACAAUGGAUGAAAUAAAACGGUAUAGAAUAAAAUAUGAGCAACGUC